AUGGGCGAUUUUAAACACAAGCUAAAACGCGGUCUGCGCAGGUGGGAUAGUUCCGACCCUGAGCGUGCGCCUCCGCCGCUACCAAUGAAUCCUCGUUCGAUGAGCCCGUCAAUGAGCCCAACGACGAGGUCUCAUGUUUCACCCAACAUUCAGGCAGUUGCCGCAAAGUUCACAGAGAAGCCUAGCGAGAAUGCGCCGAGCUCUUACACCACAAACCCCAUGCCACCCAAGUCGUCCUCUCCGGAGAGGUCUUUAAUAAAGGGUCAACAUCACAAGCGCAUGCAGUCUUUGCAGCCCGAAGAUACCCGACAAGACGCGCGCAGCGAGUUUAUGACCUACCUAGAAAGCCGUUCUCCAGAGCGACCUCUUCGCGCGACAAUUGUCGAUGGCGCGAAGCAGCGUGAUACCAACAAAUCAGCCAGUUCGCCAUCACUUCGCCAGGAUGCAGAAAAGGACGUGACAUACUCGCUGUCAAGCCGCUACCUAUCGAAACCAAUUCUAGGAGAGAGCACUCCACCGUCUGCUACGAUGUUAGCGUUACAAAACAUGCAACUGCCAAUGGAACCCGACCCUCCCUCACCCUCCAAGCCCCCUAAGAUGAUCACCGGCCCCUUCGAACCUCGACCUCAACCUGCUCAAAAUGCAAGCAUGGAUUCUCUCGCGAACCAAAUCCAUAGCUUGACCGACAUUGCGAGCGGCUUGCAACGCGAGAUGAUGAAUUUGAGCCGACGAAGCAAAGAUAAUGCUACCGAUUUGGUUAGCCUCAAAGCUGCCACGAACGCCCGAGAUGAAGACAUUCGAAAAAGCCUCAAGGAUUUGUCCUCUCAUCUCACAACCAAGUACCUGGAUACCGAAACCUCAAGGUUUGAUUUCAGUAAUCUAUUCAAGGGUGGUGAUGGGCCUAACCCCAAGGAUCCGGAUAGUCCCGUCUCAAAGAGAAGUUACUCGGUACCCCGUAUGCCUAGCCCUAAUCCGUUCGCUUUUGAUCGCGACUCUUGCACCUCACCCGCACCGAUUUCGGAUGGAUCUGCGGCCCUUGCUUUGCUCGAAAAAGUGUUGCGCGAGAUGGCAACGAAGGAAGGUGAGGAGAGACUGUUGGAGCUCGUUGAAGAACUCAAGUCGCGACCUGCCGCUACAGCCUCCGACAAAGAAGCCGAUACCAAAGUGACUGCCAUGCUCGAAGAGAUCCUCAACCUCGUGAAGGAAGACCCUUCCAGCAAAGCCCUCGUUCGAUCAUAUGGUAUUGCGAAUAACCUCAACGCCCCCGAAGAUGAGGUUAAUGAUUUCUCGCGGUCACGCUCCAUGGGAUCGGUCGAUCCUGAAGUUGUACGUGCACUUGAUCUUUCUAAGUCUGACAAGGGUGAUACCCUUAGCGCGAAUUCCGAAGAAGUCUUAGCAGUCCUCACAAGCGUGAAAAACAGCGUCGCUGAAUCCGGUGGCAUGACCAAUGGUGUUAAAAACCUGGUACGCGAAUUGCGAGGCGAAGUCCUGGGCAUGGGCCGGGAGCUUGGCCGCAGACUCGACGAUAUUGAAACGACUCGCGCGAGUGAUGAACCAGAUGACAAGCCGCGAGGCGCUGGGCCUGAAGAAAUCUCUGCUAUCGUGAACCGCAGUCUCGAUGACCUCAAAGAGCAGCUGGCUGCCACAAUUAAUGAAAGUCGACAACAAUCAUCCGACCUAUCCGAAUUCCGAGCCACCAUGAACAGCGCUGCAAUCUAUUCCGUGGUGAAGAAGGCUCUCGACGAGCUUGAAUUGCCGGAACCACAAUCCGAGCCCCGUGGUGCUGAGAUGGACCGAGAAGACAUCCUCGAGACCGUUCGCGAAGCCUGGGAAACUUACAAGCCCGAGAUUGAAUUCAACAAUUUCGGCUUGGAGCGUGAAGAAAUUCUUGCCUGUCUUGAAGAAGGGCUCAAGUCCUACCAGCCGCAGCAUGAAGAGGCAGUCACCUACGACCAGGUCCUUGCAGCUGUUGAGGAUGGCAUGCAAAAGUUCAACCCGCCAACAAUUGAAGCCCCCCCUGGAAUCGGUCGCGACGAGAUUAUACUGGUCAUUCGCGAGUGCUUGGACAAACAGCCAGAGCCUGCCGCACAAUCCCUGGACGAGGAACACGUCGGCCAUUUGAACUCUAUGCGUGAUGAGAUCCUCGAAGCAGUAGCUAAAACCAUGGCCUCUCACCACGAGAGCGCAAAGGUGAUGGACGAGGAACAUAUCAACCACAUAUACGGCGCCCGUGACGAGAUCCUCGACGCAGUGAAUGGCACCAUGGCUGCCUCCAAAUCAUUGAACGAGGAGAACGCCAAUAACUUGCACUCCGUCCGUGAUGAGAUCAUCGAAGCCGUGACUGCAGCGAUGGCUAGCCAUGCUGCCGGUGCCAAAUCCGCAGACGAAGACCAGACCGCCAGUCACCUCACUUCACUACGAGAUGAAAUACUUCAAGCGGUCGCUGGUGCAAUGGCGACCAAUGACACAGGUUCGAAGGAGCUGAGCGAUGAGCACGUUAACCACCUUUACGCCGUCCGUGAUGAAAUCAUGGAAGCCGUGACCGGCACUAUGGCGGCGCAUAACACCUCCAGAUCCGUGGAUGAGGAUCAUCUUGCACAUUUAAAUUCCAUUCGCGAUGAGAUUCUUGGUGCAGUUGCUGGAACGGUGGCGCAGAGCACACUCAGCAACGAUUCUGGGCUUGGGCGUGAUGAGAUUUUCAGCGCUGUUUCCGAUGGCCUUGAAGCACAUUUCACCACAGCGAAGGAUAUGGAUGAGCCGCGUAUCUCUCGCCAUGAUGUUGUUCAAGCCGUCAACGAAGCCUUCGAUGCCCAGCAAUCCGCUCUUAGCGCCACUAGUGGACACUCAAGCGUCUCGCGGGACGAGAUCUUGAAUGCAAUCGCUGAAGGAAUUGAGGCAUCGAUGAGCACCCAUAAUUCAGCCCUCGUUGCCAAUGCUCCGCAAUCCGUGUCCCGAGAGGAAAUUCUGGGCGCCAUUGUGGAUGGGAUUGAACAAUCAAGAGCUUCCACCAGCACGGAUAACGGGCCUCCUCUCUCUCGGGAUGACAUUCUCAGUGCCAUGGUAGAGGGGCUCGAACAAUCGCCAGGCCGCCAAGAGCCAAGUAUUUCUCGCGAUGAGAUUCUGAGCGCCAUUGCCGAUGGCAUUGAGAACUCCCACAGCAACUCGCGAUCUCUCGCCCUGACGGAGCAUGAGCACGAGGAUGAAAACCCCUCUAUCUCCCGAGAAGAUAUUCUCAGUGCGAUUGUUGAUGGCAUCGAGCACUCUCGUGCAUCCUCAGCCAAAGAAACCCCGCCAGGGAUUUCGAAGGAGGAAAUUAUGACCGCAGUAACUGAAGCGCUCGAGACCUCACAAAUAACCCAGCGCUCACUGAUGAGCACCAGCGAGCAGGAACCUCCCAUUUCUCGCGAAGAGAUUCUCAACGCUAUCUCCGAGGGUAUUCAAAACGGCAAUUCCGUCGCUCGAGAAAUCGAACUCAACCAGGAAGACCUGAUGGAGGCAAUCACCAACGGUUUGAACGAGGCUUUGGGCUCUACAAACACUCAAAUUGGCGGUGAAGUUACUGAUCGCCUGCAAAACCUUGUCGAGGACAUGAAGGAGGAGUUCAAACAGUACUCCUCGGCCAACGGACGGGACACCGAGCAAGUCUUGGAUGCUGUCAAAGAUGGUAUCGAUGUUGUUCGCAAGGAAAUUGAGACAUACGUUGCUACUUCUGCCGACAUUUCGGGCAAGGAGGAAAUAAUUGACACGGUCAAGGAAGGAUUCCGCCUUCUCCAUGCCGACAUGGAGAAGACAAUCACAGAUACGGCUCUGUCCAACGGUCCCCGGGGCGCCCCUGAUACCCCCGAGCUUCUCGACGCCAUGGAAAAGGAGUUUGAGCACCUGCGGGGCACAAUUACCUCUCUCCUGUUGCGAGACAACGCCCCUGGAGACAAGGAUGAAAUAUUGGACGCCAUCCGCGAAGUCUCUGAACAGACCAAGGGCUCUUCUGGAAACGAAGACGUUCUUAAUUCCAUCAAGCAGGAGUUCGAGGGCCUCCGAGAGCGGAUAGACAUGAGUGUUGUCCGCUCCGAGGGUAGUGCUGAGAAGGGUGAGAUCAUCUCAGCACUCCAUGAGCAAUUCGAUCGUCUCCGCGAAGAAACCGCACAACGAGAUGGCAACGAAAGUACGCUAUCCACGACAUGUGAAAUCUUUACCAGCGGCGUUGACUCCAUUCGGGAGGAUCUGAAAAAGCUUAUCGACAAACCGGCCGAGUUCGACAGUACAGAGAUUCUUGAGACCAUCAAGGAUGGUCUUGCGGACUUGAAGCUUGAAAUGGAAAGCCUCCGCCAGACUAGCAAAGAACCGGAUGAGGCUGCCUCCGUUCGUGGUGGUGAACUCAUGCUCGCGAACGAGACACCCGGGACAGCGGAGACGGCUGAGGCACCCAGCAUUGUGCCUGACAUUGAUGGCCUUAAAGCCCUCAUCACCCAGCUUCAUGACAAAGUCGAAGUCAUCGAGUCUACGCCUCGCUCAGUAGAGCCUGACGAGCAUGCCUUGAAGCGCUCUCACCUUGAUGAAAUCCUCUCGGCCCUUCAACAGGUGCAUGAAAAAGUCGAAGUCAUCGAGUCUACGCCUCGCUCAGUAGAGCCUGACGAGGAUGCCUUGAAGCGCUCUCACCUUGAUGAAAUUCUCUCGGCCCUUCAACAGGUGCAUGAAAAAGUUGGGGUCAUCGAGUCUACGCCCCGUUCGCCGGAGCCGGAUGAAAAUGCUCUAAAGCGCUCUCACCUCGAUGAAGUUCUCGCGGCUCUCCAGAAUGUUCAUGAAAAGGUCGAGACUAUUGAGUCAACUCCCCGUUCGGCAGAACCAGAUGAAGAUGCCCUGAAGCGCUCCCACAUAGAUGAAGUUCUUCUUGCUAUUCACGAACUCCAGCUUGCUAUGGGGGAAAUGAGUGCGCAGAAACCUGCCGAGAAUGACGACACCGCGAAAAAGCAGGAUACCGAAGCUCUUGAGCAACUGAUUCUGAGUACAAAAGCCCAGAUCGAAGAGCUUGUCUUCCCCUCGCCCGAUCAAGUUGCUACUGCUGAGCAUAUUGGAACACUUGAGUCAAUAAUCCGGGAAGCCAAGGACUCCAUAACAGAGUUCUCCGGUCGUAUGGAAGCCGAAGCACCGACGAAGGCUGAGAUAGGAACCCUGGAAGGUCUCAUCAAGGAUGUCUGGGUUGUCCUGGAGGAACUCAAGACCAAGGCAAAUGAGACCGAGCAGGAAGAUCCCUCCGAGAAGAUUCUCAAGUCUGAUCUUCAAACUGUGGAAGCCAUGAUCUUUGAGGUCAAGACCCAAGUUGACGAGCUCAAGCUCCCUGAUGUCGAGACUCUGCCAACCAAGACCGACAUUGAGGAUCUGUCUGGAAUGAUCAACGACUUCCGAGAGAAAAUGGAAUCGAACAACGAGUUGACAGCACAAGGCUUUGAUGCUCGCAAGGUCGAGCAUGGCGGUCUAGCUGAAAAGAUCGAUGAAGCUAAAUUUGUCGUUGGCGAGCUAGGCGAUGAGCUUAAGAGCAAGCUUGAUGGUAGCACCGAGGGCUUGGCUGAGCUCAAGCAACUACUUGAAGGCUUGGCUAUCACUGCCGAGAAUUUCUCCACUGCCGACAACAUUCAAGAGGUCACCGAUCUUAUCAAUCGCGAGUUUGAACGUUCUCGUGGCGCAGAAGAUGCGGGUAAAUCUGAGAAGGAGGAGCGAGACGCUGCUGCUAUGAUAAAGCAUGACGAAACUCGGGCCGCCAUUAUCGUCGAGCUUGGCACCAAGAUUGACGAAAAGAUUUCUGAAGUCCUUGCCAAGUACGAAGAUGCCCAUACUGCCCUCCACGCCAAGUUCUCAGAGACAGAGGACCGGGAUGCGGCACACACUGAGUCCUUGUCAAGCACGAAGAGUCUCGCUGAAGACAUCAGACUUGUCAUUGGGUCUAUGGGUGACAGUGUCAAUGAAACCUGCGAACGCCUCAGCGUGGACACGAAGGCCCUCAUGGAGCAGGUUGAUCAGUCCCGUCAACAGAUGGAAGAGAUGCACAACGAUGUCAAGUCGCAAAAGGAGCAGUCUCAGGCCGAAACCGACAGAGCUGUCGCUGCCACUGACCGAGUUGAAAGCAAGCUCUUAGAGUUCCACCCUCAAAUUUUGGAAUCCGUGCAAGAAAUUCUCAACAUCGUCAACCAACAUUAUGAUCACUCCCAGAAGUCAGCAGAGGAUUUCAAGUCCGAGCUUUCUGCAUUGCCUGCCAACAUUCCCGCAAUGCUGCCCGCGCUGCCUCCCCCAGAGCCAGAACCAGAACAAUCGCGCACGCUGGCCAUUGAGGACACACCCCUUCACACCAAACUUGAUGAUAUUCUCGAGCAUGCCCGAAAUAGUCAAGUCCAUGAGAUCUUGAACACUCUGCUUGACCAUUCCAAGAAUACUCAGGUUCAUGACACACUGAAUACUCUGGUUGAAAACUCCAAAAACGACCAGAUCCACGAGAUAUUGAACACUCUUCUUGAUCACUCUAAGGACACCCAGAUUCAUGACACCUUGAACAACCUAGUUGAGGCCUCCAAGAACGAUCAGGUCCACGAAGCUCUCAAUACUCUUCUGGAGGCCUCGAAGAACGAUCAGAUUCACGAGACUCUGAAUACUAUACUAGAGAAUUCGAAGAAUGAUCAAGUCCACGAAAAGCUCGACCGAGCUCUUGAGCAAGGGUCCAGCUCAAAUGAUCAAAUCCACGAGACUUUGAAUGCUUUGAUGGAAAGUUCCAAGAACGACCAGAUCCAUGAAAUUCUGAACGCACUCCUUGAUCACUCUAAAGACACCCAUGUUCGUGACACAUUGACCUCUUUGGUUGAGAACUCAAAGAACGACCAAAUCCACGAAACCUUGGGCACUUUGCUGGAGAACUCGAAGAACGAUCAACUUCACGAGAAGCUGGAUCGGGCUCUUGAGCAGGGUUCUGGAUCGAAUGAUCAAAUCUACGAAAAGCUCAAUGAGUUGCUUGACCAUGCCACCAACGGCACUGGCCCCAUCCAUGAGAAAUUGGACGCCUUGCUCAGUCGUCCCGAAAAUCCACCCGAGUCUGAUAAUUCCACGGUUCAGAUGACGAAAUUGGACGAGAUGCAUAGGGAUAUCAUGGAGAACUCUCGUAAAAUGAACGAGAUGUUUGCUGCACAGUCAGUGCUUGUUGCCGAAGACACCGAGCGGAAGCGUCGCGAAGCCGAGGAAGCCGCGGUUGCUUUGGAACGCAGAGUUUCACAGCGUGAGCAAGUUGAAGCCGAGCUUGUUGGCUUGCACGAAGAAAAAGACUCCAUGCUCAAUAUGAUCCAUCGCCUCAGUGCCGAGAAGGAAGAGAUGAUCAGACAAAACAACAGGCUCGCCAAGGAUCUAUCUGGCCUGGAAACCGCUCUUGAGAUUCGUCAUGAGGAGAUGCGACAGAUGGAAGAUCGCGCCGAUGGCCUCGAGAAACGCAUCCUCGAGGGCGUUCUUGACCAUGCGCGAACCGUCCUUCUUAGCCGUUCCAACAGCUUACAAGCUAUGAACUUGAAGCGGAACCGCAGCACCCGAAGUACCCGUAGCUCGCGUGCUGGUGCCCGCAGCCCCAGCUCAGUCAGCUCAGCCAGUACUGCCAAAGAAUCCAAAGAUAACCGCACCCUUGUCGGCAGUGGUGUUGGGAUGGCACUGAAGCGCCGAAUUCCCAACUCACUCCAUGCUGGAACGGUCGCCGUGCAGCCAAAUAUCGGCAAGGAGCGCCGCAUUCUCAGUCUGAGCCAUGUGACCGGCAAUCGUGGUGUUGACCGACAGGUCAGCGGCAAAUCUGGCAUCACGAAUAUGAAGCGCAGUCACUCUGUGAAGUCCAACAGUAUUCGCAAGGCCUCAUGGGCCGGCCCCACUCCUGUUUCCGACAAAGAAAACGAGCCUUUCCAGGAGGAGGAUGAACUUGCUAGCGAUACGGAGCGGGACGCUGGUCCUCGGCGCCAAACCAGUCACGCUGGAACGAAUCGCACAUCGAGCUAUGCGGGAAGCAUCGCCCCUUCUGACCGCAAGACAAGCUAUGCCGCAAGCAAUGCCCCAUCGGAGCGCAAGACUAGCUAUGCAGGAUCAGAUGCUGGGACUGAGCGCAAAUACCCCGAAAGCAAUGUUGGCUCUGACCGCCGCACAAGCUACGCGGCAAGCAAUGCUGGCACUGAACGACGAACCAGCUAUGCCGGAACUUGUGUCGAUAGCAUCGCCGAGAGUGUGGUGACCGAUGAUUCAGAUCCCCGUCGUGUGAGCGGAGUGAGCUCUAAGGCUGACCAAAAUGGGGCCGAAAGCUCCAUUGCUGAAAAUGACGGCGAGGACCGGGAUGAGGAUAUCUCAAUCGAUGGAUCCGAGCCCGGCGAUGACACUCACUCAACCCACGAAGACGCAGAGAAGCACGAUGAAGACCACCACGAGCAUGACGAGCAUGACGAGGAUCAUGAGAUGUCUCGUCAGAUCAGAGAGGCCAAUGAGGCGGCGGAAGCUGAAGUCAUGAAGCUGUUGUCGCCCACGGAUAGCGGACCCGCCACGGAUGUUGCGGUUUAG